AUGGUCAGCCUGCUGGUGAUGUUGCGCAAUGCUUCCCAGCCAGCUCGUGCAGCAAAAGCAAAAUCUGAAGAAGCAGCAGGAGUAGCAGCAGCUGAGGAGGCGCCCCGAGGUAUCUCAUCGAAUGCAUCAGCACCGCUGUUUGCAGCGCCACCACCAGCAGAUAACGUUUGGGAGAAACGGGCGGAGGAGCGCGAAAGUGCUGAGAGGGAACGAGCGGCGCAGCGAAAUGCCCUAAAUCAGUUGCACCUGCAGCAGCACUUCCCUGCCGUUGGCGAGCAAACAGGCAUCACAAAUCAGCCAAUGGAGACGAACCAGUUACCUGGUGUUCGUUCUAAGGAUGGUUAUCCAAGAAAUGAGCAACAGCAGCAAAAUCAAGGGCAUAAUCGACGGACUGGCAACCGAAAUCGAAAUAAUAGGUGGACGGAGAGAAAAUACAGUAACUAUAAUCAGCAGGGUGACGAUGGCAACGUCACUGGCGCUGAUUAUUAUGGACGAGAGGACGAGGAAGACGCAAGCGUCCGA